AUGUCGGCCUCCAGCACGCGCUCCUGCGACCAGCUGUACGCCGAGACGUGCGUCUUGCCCCAGUCCUUCACGGCGAGGUGCAGCGACGACAUGGCCAUCGAGUAUAUCCAGUCCUGGCUGCUCCUGAGCCACUUUGAGCUCCCCCGGGUGCGUGAGAACCAGGCCGUGCUCACUGCAGGCCGGCGCUGCCGCUUUGUGCUGAUGGCGCGUCUGUUCGAGAUGGAUCGAGAUGCGGCACCCGGUGCCGCGGAGACCAUGUGCCCCUGUCCGGAUGUCGAGGAGCGCAGGAGGACGUUUUGGGUGGCUUUUUGCCCUGACCGCCUUCUCUGCUCGCGUAACCAGUACCCUUUGACUUUUCAAGAGGUCAUGAUCUGCACGCGGCUGCCCGCGCCCGAGGCCAACUUUCACAACAACCAGCCCGUCCGUGUCGGCUUCCUGUCCGAUACUAUCAUGUUUUCAACGCCUCCAUCACCCCUUUCACCCUUGGCGGAGUGCGUGGUGAUGGUGACGAUCCACGGGUGGCGCAUGAUAUACCGUGGCUCCGGUUCCACGACAACAUGUCACGCAACCCAGACCCCGCAUGGCUGUAGCGCGGACACAAACAUGGACUGUUCGUGCGAGGACUCAAGAAAGGCCAGAGAAUGUGGACGCCAUGGCUUCUGGUCCCGACAGAAGUGGCUGGCGUCGACCAUCGAGAAGCGCUUGCAGCUGCUGGGUAUGCACAACACCCGAGUCUCGUCAGCCGUGCACGACGCCGGCGGCGACCCGAUGCUUCUCUCUGCUCGGAUGCUCGCCCACGGCGCCGUCAUCAGGCUCGGUCAUUUUCUCCUGGCCAGGCAGAUGCCGUCGUUUGGCUACUUCAAAGUGCACCCUUAUCUGCCCGACAUGCUCGGGUGCGCGGCCACCUAUCUAAUGCCUACGAGAGGUGGAAACGCGUCCCUCUGUCGGGCUGUUGGUGGUGGUGCUCAGAAGCUCUUUCAGGUUAUAAGAGACAUACCGGGUAUGAACAGUCUAGCGCGGGAUUAUUUGCAGUCGAGCGUCAAUGACGAGCAGAUGUGUAGGCAGCAAGUCGGCAGACAAGAGUUCAUGGGAGAGGCCUUACGACAGCCUCUGUUGAUUUGA